CUAAACUCAAUAAUUACAACUCGAUUAAUGAAUUAAACCACUGUUCUCUGUUCUCAGUCUUCAAAUGGAUCAUUGCGGUCUCGAUGAAGCUUAUAGGCCACUCCCUUCAAUCUACCUGGCUUUCUCGAUGAUCUGGUUCGUCUCUGCGUGUUCUUGGACCAUCAUUACAUACAAAAACCGCCAUUUUCAGACGAAUAAUUUGCAAUUGGCGCUUGCGUCUGUUCCAUUGAUCAAAGCUUUGCAACUCAUGCUGUCUUUCCUCUUCUGGUAUUCUUGCUUUUAUCUUCAAAUAUGCUCUCUGUGGAUUUCAUUUGGAGUGUAUAUAACUGGAGUCCUCUUCCAAACUAUUUCUUUUGUGUCAUUCUUUCUCAUUUCCCAUGGUUAUUGCAUCAUGUAUGAGCGUCUGUCAGUAACCCAGAGGCGAUCUACGGCUGCACUUGCUUGUGUCUUCUACUUAACCCUUGUGGGUUACAGAGCUUCAAUACCUUACUUCUCAGUCCUUCUGCUUCUAAACUAUUUCAUCUCGUUCUAUUUGAUUUUCCACCACAUAUCUCAAAACCUAUUAGUCCUACGGGAACAAUUGAGUUUUAUUGAGGACGAGGAUGUGCAGGCAAUGCAUGAUGCAGUUUAUACAAAAUACACCAUGUUCAAGAAAUUUCAAGGUGCAAUGCACAUUGUAGCAGUGACAGAAAUUGCGAUUUUUAUCAACAUGGACAAUUCAUUGGAAAACUAUUGGCUACGAUUGUUAGUUCGUGAAUGGGCACAAUUCUGCAUCUUCCUGUAUAUAGGAUGGACUUUCAGGUCGCAAGAUGUGGCGCCACGUUUCUCUGUUAUGCCUACCAUGAAAUCUAAAGAGGAAAAAAUGGUGCCUCCCAUCUACAGCAUUGAAAUGGAUGCAGCAGCGUUCAAAGAUUUCUGUAGUCAUGAAUGGCAUAUUGGGGUGCCAACUUCUUCCAGUGACAGAUGCGUAAACAAUUCUGUCUUGGUAGUAAUUCAGCACCCACGCGCAUAUAGGCCAAUUCCAGUCAACCGUACCUCACAACAUCUGGUUGCUGUGCCCUCUUCUACUCCAGUUGUCAGUUCAGAUUCAUUUUCUAACUGCUAUGACCAAAUUAAAUUUUAGCACAUAUAGUUGCGUAUGCUCUUUUACAUGGGAUCCGUGGGCGGUAUGAUGAAUCUAGUGUUAAAAAAUUUUGCUUUUUAUUUUCACCCUUGAUACACAGUUUUCUUGUCAUAGAAACCCGAAAGCAGGAACCGCAAAGGCUGAAAAUGUAAAGUUGUUGAAAUUGUGCUAAAUCUGCAGCACCGCUGUUUCUGUAUCUGAAUAUUAUAUU